GGCCGGCGGACUACCAGGAGACUGCGGGCUGAUGAAGAGGCAGAUCGUGAUAUCUUGAACAAAGAUUUCUUAGAAAGGCAAAGGUUAAACUAGUACGUAGGGGGCAAGCUGUUUUUCAGUAAUGCAAAGAGUCAUAGACGGUACUAGAUCCGAAGAUCGUGAGCAUUUCCAUGGCGUGGUCGUAUUGGAGAAGCGUUCUUGGCGACGGAGGAGAGCACUCUAGUGCUUCAUGUGGAAUAGAUUCGCAUCUCGGUGCACGAUAGGACGAUAUGGGUCUUGUCUUCUUCUGUUUAUCCAUCAUGUUGCUGUCCUUUUCCUAGUUGCGCACAAACUUCUGCUCCAAUGCAUCUGUGUCUGUGGUGGGGUUAGUGUUGCGGCUCUGCCUUCGCCACUACACGAGGAAAGGCACUAUUGGGAUGGGGUCGAAACACGGGAGACCUGUCGGCGGCCCUGGGUUUAUCCGGACCUUACCCGGUUGGCUUGGGCCGACUGGUAUCGGCGGGAGUGUUCGCGUGUGCGAAACAACGAGCCGGUGUAUGUGAAGAACGCGACGCGGGCUGCCUCUUUGUUCGCUCUGGACCGCUACUUGAAGCGGGUCUUCCUAUCAGGCCGCCUGCAAGAUGCAGCGGUGGGCCGUGUCAAGGAGAACAAGAAGCGUCUCUUGCGGCAAUAUCGUGGCUUUCGGCCAAAAUAUAGUUUACCACGAGAUCGGCGGCAGAAAAACGGAGAUAAUUCACGAAGUCAAGAUGCAUCACAGUGGCAUCCAACUUUUCGUCCUAUCAAUUUAGCCCACUACCAGUGCCGCAAGUGGGAAUCGCGACCUGAGCGGGCUCUGUCCGUAAGGACGGAAAAUCUUCAGACAGUCUUGAUUAAUCCAGAGAAGACGGAGCUUGUGCAAGAGAUACUAGUCAGUAUGGCGACAGGCCGACCCGAACCGAUCGCCGUGAUGAAAGUUCGCCCUAGAAAGCAAGUGGUCGAAGCUCAAAUAGACACGGGGCUAGAGCGCAAAGGUGGAUCACGAGAACGUGGCUCACCAGUCAUGGCAGAAGACGCUGAAAAAAAAGCUGUCGGAGUCGUUCACGGUCAUGAUGCGACAUUGAUCGAGAAGGAGCUCUCCUAUGAUCUCCGUGCCGGACGAUAUCAAUCGCUGCUGGCGAGCUACGAUCGUUCGGCGGGUGGUGGAAACUAUACCGUUUUUCUGCCUGAAGACACGUAUGAAGCGCGGUUCGAGGCAAAUGGCGCGCGUGCCGGGCAAGCCUCACAGACUUCGACGCAGCGCGAUAAUCUACUUAGCAAUGAUCGAAACUACGACGCAAAUAACACGAACUCUGGCUGCCGUUCGCACAUCGGGCUUUGGAGUAACGAUACACGAUCUGAUGCAAAAUGUUACUUGGACACCAUGGCCGAUUUUCUUCAUCUAGAACGACCAGGGACAACUUUAUUAGACUGGGGAAGUGGUUGUGGACAUCAAUUGGCCUAUUUGGCGCAAAACUACGGCAUUUCCGGACUCGGCAUCGAGCCUGUUAGUCAAAUUGUGGAUGAGGCUCGGGAAAUUUAUGAAGAAAAUCAAAGUCACGGCCACUCGAAAACCUCUACGACCAAGGAUGAGCAUGAUACCGCAAAGCAUCGGAGCACGACCACGAGAACGUCGCUUUCAUCCGCAGACAAUCAUGCUCAAUAUGUCAGUGAUACGACGUCGAGUGAAAAAGGUGGAUUGCGUUUUUGUCGCGAGAAUGGGGUGGACUUGAGCCAUCUGCCGUCUAACAGUUUCUCGCACGUGAUAAGCUAUGCAGCACUGUAUCACCUCGACGAACGCGCCCAGUGUGACGUGCUGCAUCAAAUGAUUAGGGUUGCUCAGGACAAGGUCGUGCUGGGAUGGCAUGUGGCGACGCCCACAGCUUAUGUAGGUUCGACCUGCCCCUUUUGGCGACGAUGCUUGUUAAACCUGCAACUGAAAACGCGUGGCCUGUUUUCUGCUAUUCUGCUGGUUUGUAUGCCCGAACGAUGCCUUGCGGGAGCAAGUACCUACAGUCUGCCGUUCAAUACAAUCAUUUUCCAGAAAGUCUAUGCCUGAUGUUGAAGAUGUUUCGAGAAAAGAUUGGAGGACAUUGCUUUAUCCGCGAUUCUGUGAGCAUGAACUACCCGCUUCGCUGAGCGUUCUUGCUGACAUCUACAAGUGCUCGAGUUGAAAUACCUGUUCUCCGAGAUACAAGUCUAU